GUGAAUGUUUUCCUGUCCAUGUGUAGGCGAAUCACGUGUAGAGGAGCCGUUGGUCGUCCUGUAUCUGCUGUAGCGAAGCUCUGUGCUACAUUUGAUUUGCCCCCAGUUGUCGCUGCACUUUGUUUUGACAGCUGCUUGUUUUCUUUUCUCAUAUCUAUUUACCGAAGAAUGAGUGAAAACGAUGACAUCGAAGUCGACAGCGAUGUAUGUGGUUUAGUUUCCUAUAAAUAGCUAGCCAAAUAUUAAACCAGACAGCAACUUUAACCGUUUCUGCCAACCUGACCGUGCUAGCUAGCAGAGACUUUAGCCACCGUAGCAGAUAAAUAGAAAGUGAGCUGUAAAAGUAUUUAAGGUGAACUAUCAGACUGGCUCGCAUGAGAAGGUGUAGUACAUAUGUUAGAUGAUAAAGGUACACCAUCAAAUAGUUGAAGAGUUAGCAGUGGCUUGCUAGCAUAAUGAUUAGAAAGCAGCCGCUUAGCUGUAGUUGCGCAUUAACUCGUGUAUUUACGUUACGGUAGUUGACAGCGGUUGACAGUUGACAAGAAUGUACCAGGAUUAACUGGGGGGAAAGCGAAGAGUUUACACCUUUAACCUUUUCAAAACCUUAUAAAAACCGGAUCAGUAUUUAAAUGAUAUGUUACGGUGAUGUGUCAAUGCAGAUUGAUAAUAAUUUACCUGAACAGUAGACACUUGCUGUGCCUCUUUGGUUGUGAGAAAGGGAAUUGAACUGUGAAAACUGAAAUGAACUUUAACUGGAUAUGUUGAUUUGUAUCGAAUUCUCAGUUAAACCAUUUAGUAAAGGGUCUUGAUAUUAUAUUACUUAACCGAAAAAAUAACACAAGUCUUUGAGGUUAUUUUUCUGUAUAUGAUCUGUUAUGAAACUGGAAACCUCUUGACCUACAGCAAAGAAUCAAUUUUAUUGGCCAAGUUAGUGUACACAUACAAGGAAUUUGACUCCGGUAAACCUGUCCUCUAUGAACAAAUAUCAAACAUGAAAUAUUACAAAAAAUGUCACCAAAUUUUGAGUCCGGUUUGAACGACGUCCUUUGCAUAAACAUGUCCUUCUUGAGUUUGAAAAACAAAAACACAGUUUUUGCUCGAAAAUGUAGCUAUGAUGCUAUCAUGUUUGAUGAGUUGAGUGCAGUAAACCUUAUGAGGAACAUAAUACUGAGUGAAAACACGUCCAUUUUGGCCUUUUCGAGCACUAGUGCCGUAGUUGCACAAAUAGAUGCGCAAGGAACAGCGCGCUUGACCGCGGUGCAAAACGCAAAUAGGACACGAGAGACGGCUGUGUUUAUGCUGUACUAGUUUUUUUUCACCCCCGAGAAGCAACCUAUCAAGUUUGUCAACUAUUUUGCUGUAUUCCUCUGACCGUUUGAGAGGCGUCAUCCUACAGCGGGAACCCAGCACUGCUGCUGGACUUCACAUCGUAUGAGAUCCAUAUUUUUAUAUGCAACCAUGACCAGUUUUUACAUUCUCACUAAAAUGAUCCAUGUCGUUCGAACCAGCUGCCUUUAAUAGGCGAAAGGUGCCGCAUGGUGUCUGAAAACACUUGCAUUAUGAAAUACUGUCAGAUCGGGAGCCUGGGCAUAUUUGUCAGAGCUAUGGAUUCCCCUCCCCCCUUUGAUUAAGCUGGGAUCUCCAGCUUUACAGCUUUGGAAACACACUGAGCACUGUAGGCCUGUUGAGCAUACAUGUGUGGAUACUCUAUGGUCAAAGAUUCAGUAAACCACAGGGAAAGUCGUUACUUAUACUUCAUUUGGUCAACUUCUGGUACAGGAUUAGAAUUUAUGAUGUUUAAUGGUUUAUUCAUAAAUGGAGGACUUGGAUGGAAAAGGCGUCUCCAUCAUAAUUUCUGUAUGACUGUAAUUAAUCACUUUUUAGUCAAGUUUCUGCAGCUAGUGUCCACAUUGGUGACGAGGUUCAACUUGACAGAACGCUGUGUUCCUGAGUUCUUGUUGAUCUAAUUUGUUAUUUAACGAUGCAAUUUGGCACAUUUGCCUCCAGCCAGGAACAGUAUUUUCUGCCCUGUCCUUUAAUUAUUAACCUGAACCGCAUCCCACCUCAACUCUUGUCAUUCAUCUUCAACAGGCGCCCUUGUGCAAUCAGGUCUAGCUUUAGGCUGAAGGUGCUAAACAAGUGGAUGUAAACAGAGGAGAUUACUACAACGAUAGGAAACUAAACAAAAGUGAACAACAAAAUUUUUAGUCUGUAAACACCCCUUAUCUUUUCAAACAGCAUACUGAACACAGAGGCUUUUGAAAGAUAACGCUGUGUCAUAUUUGUACUUCUUUCAGCUUUGGUUUUUCUGUGUUUAUUUCUGCUUUGGAUUCUUGUGGAAAUCACAUUGACAAGAAAUCAACUUGUGCUUGUGUAUUUUGUUAAUAUGAUGUCUGUUCUCUGUACAACUUCUUUACCUUUGCAGGCAGACAAGCGAGCACAUCACAACGCGCUGGAGCGUAAACGCAGGGACCACAUUAAAGACAGCUUCCACGGUUUACGAGAUUCUGUGCCUGCAUUACAAGGAGAGAAGGUAAGCGGAAAAUGUGUUUAUAUUCCUAAAACCCUUUAUUUUAGUCAGAGCUAGUUAGAGUUAGAGCUUAGCACCCUUUUUCAGACUUCCUCAGUGGCUAACCAGAGUAAAAUAUGUCAAGCUUAACAGCAUAGCCAGUCGGAGACUUCCAUUGUAUCUUGGAACCAUUAUCAGAAGUUAGCAUGCUCUAUCAGUGUAGAUUUUGUCAUCAUAGUGUUAAAAAGAAAGCCUUCAAACCUCUCAGUAGCUUAGCCACCUCACUGCCAGAUAUGGGGCAAAGAUUGAGCAACUACAGUCAUUUUUAUCCAUCAGCAAAUCAUCAAAUUACAAGUGUGAACAGAGUAGGUCAAUACAAGAGAUGUCAAUAUUAAAAGCCCCUCAAAAAAAAAAAUCCACCAGUCUGGUGCAGGGCUGCCCCCUCACUAAGUGUGAAAAUACAACAAGCAGACCUGUUUUUCUUUAAACAAAGUAAAUGAAGUAAGUAAACCACAUUUAAAUUAGUUUGUCAUCGAUGACAUGAUGACAGCUCACCUUACUUACUCUCCCCCCGCCAACACACACUCACCUUUCUGCACACAUCAGUCUGCCCUAUGUGCAGCUGUUUCUUCUGCGAUGUGUGCACCUGUCACUUCCUGUAUCAUUCAAUCACCUCGUAAUAUAAAUAUGAUUUAGAUUGGUUUUCACCAGUGAUCUCUUACAGGAACUGGGGCUCAAAAUGAGGAAGCUUAGUGCUAAUUACAUGAUAAUAAAACAAUGGAAACCAAGGCUGUGACAUUACUCUAUAACAUGAGGUACAGACAGCUGGACUGGAUAAACAGAAGCGUCACCUUCAAAUCUAUCUAUUCAAUGAGGCUUAAAACAGCUGAAAAAACUUAAAAGGGGCUUUAUAAAUUCAAGUUAUUGUUAUAAUCAUUAUUAGACCAUAAACAGACCAGUCACAGGGGGUCCUUCAAAGCCAAGCAAAAGGAGCAGGAAGAGCAGAGUGAGCUAAGAGCACGAGGUAAGUUUAUACAUGAAACAAGUGCCUGACGAGAAGACGGCCAUUUGUACAACAAGAGAAAACCCCUCAUAGAUGACGAGGCUCUAUGCACUGUGCGUGUAGUGGCGCGUAUAGUGUGAGGCUGCACUGGUAUGGUGAAUAAUUCAUUUUGAUUGCAAUUAACACUAUCACAGUGGUAGCAGAGAGAGUAAUGUUCUUCAAAGCUGUAAAAAUGUCUGCCAUCUGUAUUUUUUCACUGCUAGUAAGGUUAUAUGUAUAUCUAUUGCACUGGUAUGGAGAGACUAAAUCUGAAAGCAGGCAACUGGUGUCAACAUUUCUUUGUGUGAUGCAGCUAAAAGCAGAUUAUUCAUCUUCUGUUAUGGAGUUAUUUUGCUGUUUAAGUUUGAGCAUGCUUCAAAAUGACUUGUUUUUUAAUCAUUUUAGUAAUCCAAACUAAAAAGUAAAUUCAGCAUGUACUGGUAAGACACUGUGAUAUCCAAAUAACAUGUACAACCUGAACAAAUAGACACUGCAGCAUUGUCCCCAUGCUCUUUGAAAUCUCUGCUGACAGAGUUCUGUCAAACAGGCUUCUCGAGCACAGAUUCUAGACAAAGCCACCGAGUACAUCCAGUACAUGAGGCGAAAAAACCACACCCACCAGCAAGACAUUGAUGACCUAAAGAAGCAGAAUGCACUGUUGGAGCAGCAGGGUAAGUAGAGGAGUUGUUUUCUAACAGGAUUAUGGAGAUUUUCAGUUCAGAUAUCUGGCAAAAGUGGUGUUUGCUGCUGUAUUUAAUGGCUCCUUGUGUCUGUGUACUGUAUGUAGUUCGGGCUCUUGAGAAGGCCAAGGGGAACACUCAGCUCCAGACAAACUACUCUUCUGACAGCAGCUUGUACACAAACCGCAAAGGGAGUGCGGUGUCCGCAUUUGACGGCGGCUCCGACUCCAGCUCAGAAUCAGAGCCGGACGAGCCGCCCACCAGGAAGAAGCUGCGCGUGGAUGCCAGCUAAACUCGGAUCAGGCCGGGUUCACCAUACAGACUCUCUUUGGCCCCACCAGCCACCUUGACUCCUCCUACCUGUCCUGUCCCCACUCAGUCCUGUCUUUGUACACCAGUCCAGGUGACAAAGUUGAGACUGUGUGAGAGAGGUGCUCUUAUGUAUAAAAUGCUUUUACCUUCCUUUUUCCUCCCGGCAAGCAUCCCGUCACUCCUUUUUGUGGCCCAGCGACAACUUUUCAGACCCACACAGUGAGGCAGCUCUGCAGUUUUGAAAGACUUUAAGCUUUUCAAACCUCAUAUAACCUUUCGUAAUCAAAUGAGGAGAUGACAUGUUCUGAGGCUUAUGUGAAGCUACAUAAAUAAAAAGAUUUUUUUUCCUUCGUUGGACUUGUGACGCUUUACCACCUUUGACAAAAAGUGUAAUUAGGAAUAGUUUACCUUUGUGAUAUUGAUACUUUUCCACAAAAGAAUGUGAAGUUGCUUUUGAGAAAAAAAAAAGUGUAAUGAAAAAUGCAACCCUCCUUAUUAAGUGUAGGUGGCUCAAGUUUUUGUCCUUGAAAAUGUUUGUGAAAUGAAAUGAACCCUUCUAUUUAUAGUAAUGCACCGAAAUUGGUUUUGGAAACCCUGCUGUCUGAUCUCUGUUCUUCUUGGCCUGGAUUAUUCCAGAGAACACACAAGGAAGAAGAGGCUGACCCUCUGGACUCAGCUGAUUACUUUCCCUCAAUUUUUAUUAUUACCAGAUAAAAUGUGGGUGUAAUAAAAGUCCCCCAAUGGAUGCUGAAUGUUACGCAAUGCAGUUAAGGGCAGUGACCUUUUAUUUUUGUUGAUGAAAGUCCUUUCAGUGUGUAGUAUAUAACACUGUAUACUCUUUAAUGGUGUCAGCUCUGCAAAGAAAAGCCUUCCCUUGAAAUAUUUGCCUGUGCUGGGAAUGUUUAUCUUUCUUUUUUUCUCUCCCCUUUUUGCAGAGGUGAAGUUAGUGUGUACGUAAUCAAUAUUUGUUUGUUCCAUUCCGUGGAAAUUACAGGUAUGUUGUACAUACUGCCAACGGUUGUCUUGCAAGUUGAGGCAUACCUUUGUUAUGAAACUAUAAAUAAAACUAUUUUAUCCUUUUGGGAUGUACUUGUG